CUUGUGCUGUGUCUGUGUGUGCUAGCUGUGAUAUGUGCUUUCCGGCUUCCGCAUAUCCGCAAUAUUUAACUGCAAUUUACUGCAUUGUAUCUGCAGCAUAAUAGUAUUUACUGUUUUUAAUUGUGCAUUUUAUCAAGUAUAGUCUCUAUUUAUAACUUAUUAUGAGCUUAAUUGACAAUAAGUAUUGUGUGUAAUGCAUUGAGUACCUCGUACACAAUUUGGAUACGAAACAGAGUCAAAAAGAACAAGUACAAACUUGUGCUUUCAACUUCUAAUAAUGUUUAGAGAGUUCUUAGAAAAUGCGAAAUUUCAAUAAGCGCUUGUUAUAUUUUUACUGUGCAAAUUGCGCAACGUUUUCUAUGUUAGUAUUUCUCAAUGGUUUUUUUCCAAUCAAAAACUCAUCGUAUUUAUUCUCCAGUUUUGAUGACUAUCCAUCUCAUAUUGAUGACAUUUUCUUUGAUCCAGCAAAGGUUUUUGAAGCCAAAGUGCACAAAACUGUUAUUGUCGUGAUUGACGCCCUGCGCUAUGACUUUGUCUCAGAGCCUGCUGGAACUCUCAAUAUUCCAUACCUGGAUUCAUUGGUUAAACAGGGCUACGGGUGCUUGCAUAAGAUGGAAGCCAAUUCACCCACUGUAACCAUGCCGAGAUUGAAGGCUGUAAUGACAGGAUCCGUCUCUAAUUUUAUAGAUGUUGUAAUGAAUUUUGGAAGUCCAGAAUUGCAAGAAGACAAUGUUAUUUAUCAGUUAUCCGAACGGUACAAUGUAACAUUCUUCGGAGAUGAUACUUGGCUCAAACUUUUUCCAAAAAAGUUCACUAGAAGUGAAGGGACUACGUCUUUUUAUGUUUCGGACUACACUGAGGUUGAUAAUAAUGUUACGAGGAACGUUGUAAAUGAGCUAGAAAGGUCUGAUUGGGAUGUGAUGAUUCUGCAUUAUUUGGGCCUCGACCACAUCGGUCAUCUGGAGGGGGCCGGCAGUCCACUCAUUCGUACAAAACUCAACGAACUGGAUAAAGUUAUUCAUUCGAUACAUAAUCAUCUUCUCAACUGGGAAUCUCUGAAUAAUAAAUCGAGUUUGAUGUUGGUUUUUGGUGAUCAUGGCAUGAGAGACGCAGGCGGACAUGGUGGUGCUUCCUAUCCUGAAAUUCUUGUGCCAUUAUUAACGUUCGGCCUUCAGUGCACAACAGUGAAAUCACACGCCAUCGCCCAGGUAGACGUAGCUCCAACGCUGUCACUGUUGCUCGGAACUCCGAUUCCGAUUAACAAUGUCGGCCGCCUCAUCACUGACCUGUACACGUCUUUUCCUCUUGAGCAACUGCUCUAUGCGCUCUACUACAAUUCACAGCAGGUGCUGACCCAGUUCAUUGACAAUGGUGGCUCUUUAACGCAUGAAUCGUUUCUCCUGUAUAAGGAAGCAGUAAGGCAACACACCAUGUGGCUCAAGUACAACCAGACAAGAGAUGCCGCCAACGUUGUCAGGCUGUAUGAGAAAGCGUUGAAAACCAUGUCCAGCUAUCUCAUCAAAUCUAUGGUCGAGUUCCAUAUUAUUGAAAUGGUUUUAGCUGUAUUCAUCCUUUCACAGGUUACGCUGAUAGCCGUCCUAAAUGUGAUACAGAUCAAAGUGCCUAGCCGCAAGAAUGUGCGAAAUAUUCUAUUGAUCAUUAUUGUGAUGUGCUUCGCAUGUUGGCUGAUAGAUUCGCCCUUAACGCCUUGUUGUUCUUCAACACUAUCUUCCCUCUCCUUCGUGCUUCUGUCAAUUUUUGUAGCUGUGAUAAAUUGUCUAAUUCUACUGUCUUCGACAAUAAAUGAAAAUUAUAAAAAGGUGGAAAGUGUUAUUGGGAAAUGCCUGGGGCUUGGGAGCUUUCUGCUGGUGAUAGCGAUGGGAUCGACCAGCCUGAUUGAGGAGGAGCAGUUUGUGUGGUAUCACAUGUGGACACUGCUUUGUGCCGUAGCAAUCAUGUCGGUGGACAAUGUUGCCGCUCUCACCAAAUGGAUGGCUGUGCUGGUCAUCCACAGACUGGCCAGAGAUAUGCAUACACUGGGCAGCAGUUGGCUCAACCAUCGUCACAAUAAGACUUACCUUUCUUCCAUUUCGCUCAUUGGUCUGAUGGGUGUCUGGUUGUCCUGUAUCAGGACCAAUAACAUGAACUCUUGGCUAUUUUCUACUGUCGACUCAAUUUUACCUGGAUUAUCUGUGAUACUAGUGUAUGUUUAUCACAGUUCAACUAAUAAAGUUCAUCUUGCACUGGAAAACUAUAAUUUCGGAGGAAAAUCAUUGAUGAAUUUAUUCGUGGUGGUCAGUUGGGUGACAGUUUCAGUGAAACUUUUAUCAGCUGUAUUUCAAUGUCGCAAGGAUGCCAGAGCAAUCAAAAGCAAACAUUUUGCAUCGAAUGUGGUGAAUGCGUUCAUGAUCGGAUGGAUUUUGUUGUGCAGUUUGCUGCUCAGGCCGCACAAUAUUUGGCUUUUGCCUGCCAUUUUGCUGACUUCAAACGUUAUGGUGUCCGCACUGAAAGGCACUGUUCAACUCACCAUCGGAUAUCAUUGGCUCGGCAUGGUCUUCUACUUCUACCAAGGCAACACCAACAGUUUAGCGAGUAUAGAUGUGGCAGCGGGCUACGUGGGUCAGGAAGUGUACAAUCCAAUUGUGACGGGGCUCAUGAUAAUUAUCCAUACUUUCGCCUUUCCAGUAUUGUCGUUUUUAUGCUUGCUGUCCAACAUAUUCAAAGCAGAUUGGAGGAAUGAACUGGUUGUACUCUACAGAGUCGAAGCCCUUCUACUGUUACUUCAACUUCUCAACUAUACGAGCUUGAUGAUAUUUCAACGCUAUCAUCUCUUCAUCUGGUCUGUGUUUUCUCCAAAACUACUGUACUUAUCAGCGCAUUCGCUCCUUACACUCAUUCUUCUAUGGAUUACGGAAUUUUUCAUUUUCAUAAAUUAUACUGCAGAAAAAAUAGUUCCCAGUAAACAUACAUUGAGUAUGAAUGUCAAAAAUGCCAAUGAACAGCAUGUAAAUUGCGGCGACUCCAGUAAUGAAGACUAUCUUUGAUGUAAGUCUUUGUUUUUCAAGAAAUUGACAAUCGAAAUAUCUUGUAUUUAGGAGGGUCUUAGUACACGCACACUAGUAGACAAAAUAAUUGCUAACCUUACUGUAGUUAAAUUUUACUGGAAGUAUUUUUCCAUGACAGAGGUCAAUCACCACUUGCCAUUUUUCAUAUGAUGAGAAAUAUAACAGCUUUAUCAAUUUACAGUAGGUACAAUAAUUAUAAUAAUAGAAAAUAUUCAUAAGUUAUGUACAGUCAGUCAGUCCAGGUUAUGCAGCUUUGCCUAUCGGCGGAGGGCCACUAGACUAAAAUACUACCCAAACAAAACAUGCAACAUUUUUGAAAAUGUAACUUCCCAUUAACAACAGAUGCUCUUUUGUAUCUUCUCAAAAGCAACUUGUUGCAUCCGAAAAUAUACACAGUAAAGCUAAACAGUUGCAUAUGCGUUUGCUAGCCAAAAAAUAGACUGCCAACUGAUCUGUUGCAUCUGUACAGCAUCCUAUCAGAUUACAACAUGAAGUAUCUCUGUGUGUUGGGAGCUUCCUUCAGCUCUGUAGGGAGCUUCUUUUAUCUAGGGAUCUAGGUAGUCUGGAGCGUGUAUUUUUGAAAAAGUAGGAAUAUUAUCCCGCAAACCAUACCUUUUAUGCCGUUUCAAAGUCACGGAGAGAAAGCUAUGGGACACGUACUUUACUUGGUCAUGUUCUCAUCAUAAUCACAUUGCCACAUUUAUGCUAGAAAAUCUCAGUCAUAGAAUAGACAAAACUAUUAUAGGCUACCAGUCAUUAUAUCCAGCAUAUAUACUAGCAAAUGGUUAAAUUUAAACCCAAAUUAAUUAUUCACUUUAAAAAUUCUUUUUCGUCACACUGCACAGAAAGCAGCUGUUCUCCAGUCCCUACGUAGAUCUGAAAGACAUUGUUUGCAGACGACUCUCGUCUGACGU